GCCGGCAGGGCAAUACGAAUUUCCAUUCGACGUUCCGCUAGACCCAAACAUGCACGACACAAUCACAGGUCCGGGUCACUCUUACCACUCCUACCAAGUAUACGCAAUAGUCGAGCGGAAACUAUAUCGCAACCACGUGGUUUCUCAACCCUUAAUGAUAUACAGACCUACUGUCAGGGACAGAUGUGAUGUUUUGCUCUCUGACUCAAUCAUCACCGAAGACCUUGCCGAUCCGACUAUCCCCUACAGCGUGUCGAUUCCACACAAGAAGAUCCCAUUCGGUUCCACAUUCCCGGUGAAUUUCUGGAUGGCGCCUUUAGAUAAGGGCCUUCGGAUGAAAGCGAUCAAGAUGGCGGUGGUGGAAAAACAUUCUACCAAGAUCGAUGCGCCUGCAGCAUACGCGACUCGAUACGGCGUGCGGUAUCUGACCUCGGCAAAAGAUCAUAUCGUCCUUAGUGAGCGGCAUGAUGAACAAGAGGAAGACUAUUUAGUCCCCGCAUCCGAGAUGUUCGACAUCGAAUGGAGUACGACCAAAGCGGUCGCUUUACCGAAGAGCUUGGAGAAAUGCACACAGCGCGUCAGGUCGAAUAAUAUCCAGGUUCAUCAUGAAUUGGUCUUUACAGUCGAGCUUGUCAAUGCGAAGGGAAAUUUAUCGACAAUAAGCGGAGCUCUCCCUUUCAACAUCGUAAUCUUGCCACAGUCUGUUACGCCAGAUGGUCUGGCUCACGGUUUUGAGAUCGAAGAAUUUUCGUACGACUACGACUCUCCUCCAUUAUACGGCGCUCAUAUGACCGACCCGUUGCUGUGCGGCAAUCUAGCGGAUCUCGAACUUUGCGCCAGAGGGCCAUACUCGUUGGUGACUUCGGAUCUCACUUGUGCGCCAUGUUAUGAUCGAGGAUUCGGUUCUUUGUCAGACCACGGAACUGCCGAACACCCGCAACGAAUGAUUAGUGGCUAGUGCAAGACUACGACAGUCACUAUAAAGUAUGACAUCCAGACAUCAUUCAACCUGAAGGAGAUCGGUCGCGAAAGCUACGCUACAAGUUCUCCAAGAUAAGUCCAAAGCAGACGAAGGGCACAUGGUCUUGACGCGGAUUGGCCUUGUUGCAACCAGGCCGAUCAUAUCUGUUUUUGGUUUGCCCUUGGUUUAACGACCCGUGGGCUCAGCAUCUGAAGGAGUUACCUCAGGUGCUUCACUCAAUACAUGGCACCGUGAGCCUCCGAUCACUCUGGAGGUGGAUAAGGGAGUAGAAAGGGAACUUUUUGAACUCAUUUUCUGCAGGUAAGAAACGACAUACUGCCAUGGUUUCGUCGCGUCGGGAUUCGGUUCACAGGCUGCAGACUGCAGAGCCCCAAUCAAGGACUAAAUUUCUGGACUGCGAAUUCAGUUAAUGUAUCCUUAAGAGCGGCAAGCUUAAGAAUGAAAGCAAUUCGAAUUUAUGAACGCUUGAUAUCAGAUGUUGCCCAAGGCCGCUCAAGGAAAUAUAUGAUCACGAUAAGUUACUGGUGUUCAACAUAACGAAGGACUUGUUUCUUGAGAAGAAUUAGAGAGAAGGUAAUAUAGAUGAUUAUGUACACGACCAUAACUCCGG